UCGAGUUAUUCGCAUCUGCAUCGUUUGGUGAUACGUGCUCUUUUCUACUUUUCGGCCGAUGCAGAAUCUUAGUCCUUCACAGCAGCAGCAGCUUCAGCAGCAGCGAUUUGCUGCCAUGUAUAAUUCGGUGGCCAUGCAGCAGCAACAACAGCAGCAAGCGAGAUUUCAACCGUUUCAACAAGCGUCUCCCAUGGUGCCUGGAGCGGCUCCUCCAACUGUGGUCUCACCUGCACCGCCUUUCUUCAACGCAAACACCCCACCCAAUUUCGCACCGGCUCCCGGAAAGAUGGAAUUUGCACCAACAGGACGUAUGCCACCCAAUGUCUAUGUUCGUUCACCACAACAAAAAGUGCCGGUAGGUCAUACCAACCUGGCCGCGGCAGCAGCAGCCGCCGCCGUCGCCGCUGGACCGUCCAAUCCAGCCAUGCAUCCCAUGGCCAAAUUUCCCAUGGCACCUCCUAUUCCUCCGCAAUUGUCGGCACGUACUCCUGCCACCGGCAAUACAGCCCCACCGCCUAUGGCUCCUCAACUCGAAGCCACACCGGUUCAAACUGAAGUGCAAAAAGAGAAUCUCAAAACAUACCAAACACGCGACCGCAUAUAUCAGGAAACACUCAAUGUUCAAUCGAAGCGACAUCAUCAACUGGCCCACGAAAAGAAAAAAGACAUCGAGCAUGCGAGCGCCGAACGACGCGCACGUAUGCAAGGCGGGCCCAUUGUUGCUUUCGGUCCCGGAUAUGGAGGCUACCGUAACGGCAAAACCGGCCUUCAUAGUCGACUCGUGUACCCUCAGGAAAGAAAGCGACUUCGCCAUGCGGUGGAAUUUAAAUUUCCGUUGCAUGAUAUCGUAGAGCAAGCAAAGAAGGAAGAUACAUUGGUGCCUAUACGCAUUGAAAUGGAAGUGGAUGGAUACAAGCUGCGAGAUACGUUUACUUGGAAUCUGAAUGAAACGUUGAUUACACCCGAGCAAUUUGCGGAAGUCAUGUGUGAAGAUUUACGUUUGCCUCCCGCAGCAUUCGUACCAGCCAUUUCACGGUCCAUCAAAGAUCAAGUACAAGAUUAUUACUUGCACGCUUCAAGUAUGGUCACCAAUGACGAAUCUGAAGAGGAGAAAGAACGACAGCAAGCACUGGAAGAGUUGAAGAACCAUGAAACCGAUGAUAAAGAGUCUUUAUCCGAAACAGCCCAUAAACUAGCCGAAAAAAUACAACAAAAUCCAAGCAAAAAUACAGAAUUAAGGACACUCAUAAAGCUCGAUAUUACGGUGGAGAAUCGUGCCUUGUUGGAUCAAUUCGAAUGGGACAUCAGCUGUUCACGCAAUUCUCCCGAAUCUUUUGCCGAAACCUUGGUGACAGAAUUGGGCUUGGGUGGUGAAUUCAAGACGGCCAUCGCACAUUCCAUACGAGAGCAAAUCCACGUGUAUAUCAAAUCAUUGCUUCUUGUCGGUCACGAAUUUGAUGGGCCUGUGACAGAUGACGAUUUGCGAGGCACUUUUCUGCCUUCGUUAAAAACAAUUGUGCGUGAUAUUGAUACGCUGGAACGGUUUACACCCGCACUCCUGGAAUUAACCGACGCUGAAAUUGAUAAAAUGGAAAAAGAUCGAAUGAGAGACGCAAGGCGUAAACGACGACAGACAAGGGGUAGAAGAGGAAUUAUUCUACCAGAUCGAGAGCCGUUAAAGACCCAUCGUACAAACCAUGCAACACCGCACGAGCAGGAAAUGUCGGAUGAGCAAUUUUUAGCCAGUGUAGGAGCGCUGAACAGCAGUUACGGUGGAGGCACCGGCAGUGGUCGAGGCAACACGCCGGUCACUUAUGAACCCAUGCAUUCGCAACGACGCAGUGCUCUCAAAGCACGUAUGAAUAUCGCAGCAGAAGCUGCCAAAGUCCAUGUUAAUCCCCACGACCUAGCCGCUGCUCAGCCGGGAAUUGCAAUGCAAGGCAUUCUUUCUCUGAACAAUCACGGCCGGUAUUCCUCCAUGAGCGAACUGUCAGGGCGGACAGGUUCAUCCAUGUAUCACACUGAACGAUGAGUGACUCUGUUUGCAACACCAUUCCCCAGGGGCCAACCAACAACC